AUGAUGAUGAUGAUGAUGAUGAUGAUGAUGAUGAUGAUGAUGAUGAUGAUGAUGAUGAUGAUGAUGAUGAUGAUGAUGAUGAUGAUGAUGAUGAUGAUGAUGAUGAUGAUGAUGAUGAUGAUGAUGAUGAUGAUGAUGAUGAUGAUGAUGAUGAUGAUGAUGAUGAUGAUGAUGAUGAUGAUGAUGAUGAUGAUGAUGAUGAUGAUGAUGAUGAUGAUGAUGAUGAUGAUGAUGAUGAUGAUGAUGAUGAUGAUGAUGAUGAUGAUGAUGAUGAUGAUGAUGAUGAUGAUGAUGAUGAUGAUGAUGAUGAUGAUGAUGAUGAUGAUGAUGAUGAUGAUGAUGAUGAUGAUGAUGAUGAUGAUGAUGAUGAUGAUGAUGAUGAUGAUGAUGAUGAUGAUGAUGAUGAUGAUGAUGAUGAUGAUGAUGAUGAUGAUGAUGAUGAUGAUGAUGAUGAUGAUGAUGAUGAUGAUGAUGAUGAUGAUGAUGAUGAUGAUGAUGAUGAUGAUGAUGAUGAUGAUGAUGAUGAUGAUGAUGAUGAUGAUGAUGAUGAUGAUGAUGAUGAUGAUGUUAUUCAGUACAACACGAACAACUUCACAACUCAAUCAAUUAAGCUGA